GUUCUCAGUCACAGCCGACCUCCGGUGACCCGAUCUGCAUCAUGAGAUCCGUUCUUGGGUUCGUGGUGCUUAUACUAUGGAGUCGUGUUACCGUCGGUGAGCCCCAGACCAACCUCCUCCAAGACGGCUGCAGCUUAUACAACGUCCGCAACGCCUCUGCCUUCGCCGCAACAUUCAACGACACCCUCGCGGACCUCCGCUCCUCCAUCUCUGCCAGCAACUCCUCUCUCUUCGCCACCGUGCACCGCCCCCGCGCUCCGCAGUCCGUCUACGCCCUGUUCCAGUGCCGCAGUUACCUCUCCUCCGCCGACUGCCUCGCGUGCUUCUCCGCCGCAGAAGGCCACAUUCGCCGUUGCGGUGCCGCCCACGGUGGCCGGGUCAUCUACGACGGCUGCUUCCUCCGCUACGAGAGCACCCUCUUUUUCGACCAGGCGACGCCCUCCGAGAACAGGAACUCGUGCGGCGUCCGCAACGCAGCUACCGGAGGAUUCACCGCCUCGGUGAGGUCGCUGGUGGCGGAUUUGAGCGCUGCCACGCCGAGAAUCCCGAAGUUUUUCGCGGCGGUGGAGAGGGAGGGAGUGCUCUUUGUGGCGCAGUGCGUGGAGACUGUGAGCGAGGAAGGGUGCGAGCAGUGCCUGGCGGCGGCGGUCGGCAAUGUGAUGCGGUGCCUGCCGAGCGCCGACGGGCGGGCGCUGGGCGCCGGAUGCUUCAUGAGGUACUCCGACGAGUCCUUCUUCCCGGCCAAUCGAACGGUGGAUCUGUCGCCUUACUUGACGAAUUCAGGAAGAGCGAAAUCGAGCAAUAAGGGGGCCCUAAUUGGGGAAGUUGCUGGAGGAGUCGGCGGCCUGUUGCUUCUUCUAGGGGUUAUUAUAUAUCUUCUGAGGAUCAGAAGAUCUAGAGAUCAACGAAAUCUUUCUGAAGGAGAUUCAUCAAGGGGAACCAAAUUUCAGGGUCUUCUAAAUUUCCGUUACAAGGAUCUAAAAAAUGCUACAAAUAAUUUCAGUGAAAAAAAUAAAGUUGGAGAAGGAGGAUUCGGAGAUGUGUACCAGGGUCACCUUAAAAAUGGGACAACGGUUGCUAUAAAACGGCUGGCAAUCGCUCAAACCAGUAAAGCAAGAGCUGAUUUUCAGAGCGAAGUGAAGCUCAUUAGCAAUAUUCAUCAUAGAAAUUUAGUCCGUCUGCUUGGAUAUUCUAGCAAACACGAAAAUUUUCUUCUUGUCUAUGAGUAUAUGGCAAAUAACAGCCUUGACAAGUUCAUAUUUGGCGACAAACGUGGAUUCCUCAAUUGGAGGCAGAGAUUUGGCAUAAUUGUUGGGAUGGCUCGCGGUCUUUCUUAUUUGCAUCAGGAAUUUCAUAUUCGUAUCAUACACCGUGAUAUAAAAUGUAGCAAUAUUCUACUUGACGAUGAUUUCCAGCCAAGGGUUGCAGAUUUUGGGUUGGCACGACUUCUGCCUGAGGACAAGACUCACCUUAGCACUGUAUUUGCUGGCACUUUCGGAUAUACAGCACCUGAAUAUGCAAUUCAUGGACAGUUAUCUGAAAAGGUUGAUACAUAUGGCUAUGGCAUUGUUGUCCUUGAAAUAAUCAGUGGCCGGCAGUGCAAUGACCUCAAACUCGAACCUGCUACUCAAUAUAUUCGUGAUUGGGCCUGGAAAUUAUACGAACAAGAUCGGUUAUUGGAGAUGGUGGACGAAACCAUGGAUCCUAAUGACUAUUCACCAGAAGAAGUUAAAAGGAUCAUUAAGAUUGCUCUUCUCUGCACCCAGUUUACGGUUGCUGCAAGGCCAACCAUGUCAGAGACUGUAGUUCUGCUGCUGAGCCAAACUGAUGUGGCUCUUCAGCUAACAAGACCUGCAUUCAUAGAUGCCAGCGAAAUGAUUGAUGAAGAAGAAGCUGUUGAAUGAUACUAAUUUUUAAUCUUUGACUUACCAACCAAAAUCUAAUUUCACCACAAUAUUCUAAAACUGCAUUAGAAAGAAUGGUCACAGAAUGGUCAAGGGAAGUGAAUAAGUGCUAUGGAAAAUUAUCUAGAGUUUAUUAUUGACUAGCUUUAAUGUACUCUAGACUUCAUUUUGCACUAUAAAUAGGAACCUGUAAGUAAGCAAGUAAGAAAAUUAAGAAAGCAAACUGUAAAGAGUGUGAUGAAGUAAUUCUUCCAUUUCAAUCUAAAUUCUUAUUUCCUCAAAUAUUUAUGCUUUUGAAACCAACAAAUUUGGUAUCAGAGCUAUCAUUCUCAUCUUUCUUGCUACUGCUGUUCAUAUUCCUCACUACUGAUUUGCUACAGAAAAUUCCAGCAUUACAUUUGGGAAGAGUUGAUGCGGUAUGCUUUCUGAAGAAGAUUUUUUGUUUCAAUUGUAUUCAUCGACUAAAUGGCAUCUACCUUAUUCGCAUACUCUCCAAGCCAAAUACCUAUUUUUUUUAGGCCAAUAUUAUGAGUCGUCUUGGAGCAAACAAAGUGGUUUUCUCAUGAAAACUUUAAGGAUGGAUUGCAUGAUAUUUCGAGAUGUCUUUGAUGAGAAAGCUACUUGGGAUUGGAAACAAAAAAAUUUUUGUUGACUUGGGAUCAUCUCGACCCGGUCCAUCUCAAGUCCGUAAUACAAAUUCAGUCCUGCACCAGAAUUUUCUAAGAGAUUCAGAAAGUCAUCUAAGAAAGACUCGAUUGAUAAGUGACAUCUAUGAUCCCAGCAUAUUGUGAUGAUAUAUGUUUGCAAUUGUAAUGACAACUUAUUGUGACAAUAUACGUUUGCAAUUGUAAUGACAAAGAA